UUUGUGAAAUGUUUUCAUUCUUUUAGUUUGCCUAACAAUCUGUACUACUUCUGCAUCAUAAUUAGAAAGCUUUCUUUCAUGAUCACUGAAAAGAAAGCUGCAAAUGCCGUGGGAGGCAAGACGGCACGAGCUUGUGAUAGCUGUGUGCGUAGGCGGGCUAGCUGGUUUUGUGCUGCCGAUGAUGCUUUUCUUUGUCAAGCUUGCGAUGCAUCGGUGCACUCCGCCAAUCAAUUAGCAAGCAGACACGAAAGGGUUCGGCUCCAGAUAUCAUCUGUGAAACCCAAAAACGAACGUUCAAGAACCGAUGAUGAUUCUCCACCAGCAUGGCACCGUGGUUUCACACGCAAGGCGCGAACCCCACGCCAUAACAAGCCUAUAUCUGUGCAGCGACAGGCUAAAGAGGAGGAGAAUGUCUUGGAACUUCUGCCUGUUGUUCCAGAGAUUGGCAGUGAAGUAGAUUCCCCAGAUGCCUGCAAUGAAGAACAUGAGCUUCUUUACCGGGUUCCUAUCUUCGACCCUUUUGCUGCUGAACUUUGCCAUGAAAUGGAAAACACGAUUGAGGAUGAGAGAACCACCAUGGGGAUGAAGAAUGAAGUGGGGACAGUGGUGGGUGAUGAUUAUGGACAAGGUGGGGUUUGUGACUUGGAUGAUUUACAUGGGUUUCUGUCCUCAGAAAUGGAGCUUGCUGGUUUUGCUGCUGAUGUUGAGAACCUUUUAGGCAAAGGACUUGACGAUGAGGAAUCUGCUGCUGACAUCAAAGGAUUGGGACUUCUAGGAUACUGUAAAGAGGAAGAUGGAAAUGAUUUGUGCAUUGAUGUUGGAGAGAGAAGAGUAAAGGUUGAAGAGGAGGAUCAAGAGAUGGAAGCUGCUAUCGUAGCAUGUGAUGAUCAAUUGAAUCCAUUAAUGGUGGAGAACAUGAGAGAAACAUUAGAUUGGAAAUUUGAUUACGAGUUGCAGCAGUUUGCUGGAGAUCAGGAUCAGGAGAAGGCAACUCCCAUGGCAGAAAAGGAAACGAUGUGCGGAAAAGGAUCAUGUGAAGAGGAGAUGAUAAGGAAGGAGAUGUUUUUGAGGCUAAACUAUGAGGAAGUUAUUAAAGCUUGGGCUGGCCAGGGUUGUCCAUGGACGACAGGAACACGACCGGAGCUCAAUCCUGACCCGCUGUACUGCUGGCCAGACUUCAUGGGAGAAGCUCAUGAUCAGCCUGCAUAUGGAGAUACAGGAGUAGUAGUAGGCAUUGAUGAAGAAAACCAUGCGGGAUGGCGGGAUCAUGAGGUUAGAGAAGCAAGAGUAUCAAGGUACAGAGAGAAGAGAAGGACACGCUUGUUCUCAAAGAAGAUAAGGUACCAAGUACGGAAACUGAACGCGGAGAAGAGGCCAAGAAUGAAAGGCAGAUUUGUUAAGAGGACGUCCACCUUCCUCAUGGGGACUUCUAUUCCUACUGCUGCCGCCGCAUUUCCCUACCUCAACAAAUAACCGUUAUUUAACUAAUUAACUGCCAAGUUUGAUUGGCCAAGUUGGAAUAGUUAAGGUCAUGGUCGUUUAAUUAGGGCUCUUAAUUAGGCUGCCUAGCUUUGAUUACUUGCAUGUUAUGUCAUAAAUGUCAGUAAUUAGCUACGUACGCAGCUUAUUACCUUAA